AUGGCGACCGACGAGGAGAAAGCGCACUUGCAUAUCGGCCUCAUAGGCAUGGGCGAUAUGGGUCGCCUGUACGCACGUCGCUUUAUGGAGGCAGGGUGGAAACAUGUGAAUGUCUGCGACGUCCCGGAGAAGUAUGAGGCGUUGCGCACAGAGCUUGCGCAGACGGGUCUCACAGUGAUGAAAGAUGGUCACCAUGUAGCGCGUACCAGCGACUUUAUCGUAUACUCGGUCGAGGCAGGGAACAUUCACCGCGUCGUGGCUGAGUAUGGCCCAUCGACCAAGGUCGGCGCCAUCGUCGCUGGCCAGACAAGUGUCAAGGCGCCAGAAAAGGCGGCGUUCGAAGCGUACCUGCCUGACGACGUGUACAUUGUAUCAUGCCACUCGCUGCAUGGCCCGAACGUCGAUACCAAAGACCAGCCACUCGUCCUGAUCCAACACCGUGCGCCAGACGAUAAGGUGCGCCUCGUCGAACGCAUUCUGUCAUGCCUCCAAUCACGUUACGUCUACAUGAGCUACGAAGAACACGAUACUGUGACGGCCAAUACCCAAGCUGUGACGCAUGCCGCCUUCCUAACGAUGGGCACGGCAUGGAGUCAAUCAAAAGACUACCCGUGGGAAACAGGACGGCACCCGGGCGGGGUGGAGACGGUCAAAAUUUACUUGUGCCUGCGCAUAUACGGCGCCAAAUGGCACGUAUACGCUGGCCUGGCGCUCCUCAAUCCCCAGGCAACAGUCCAAGUGACACAGUUUGCCACCAGUGCCUCGCUCCUGUUCAAGCUCAUGCUGGCAGGUGAUUAUGAUGCGCUGGUCCAGCGUGUCUUUGCCGCUCGACGUGGCGUGUUUGGCUGGCGCGACGACGAGUACGCGGAAGACGGUCCUGGAAAACGCCCCAUGCUUAUGAACGAUGAACUGCUGCAGCAGUUUGCCGGCCUGGCGCAGCAGGCAAGUCAUAUAUCGUCGCAGCAUCAUGGCGCAGACGCACUCACACCCCCACCCAACUCGCACUUGUCGCUCUUGGCCAUUGUCGAUUGCUGGCAUGUGCUGGGCAUCGAUCCGUAUCGCCACCUAGAGCUGGCAGCCACACCCGUCUUCCGUAUGUGGAUCGGCGUGACGCAGUACUUGUUUAGCUCGCCAGAACGUGUACUGGCAGCGUGCCGCGCUGCCGUGUACGAUAGUAGUUUCCGGUCCGACGACUUGGAGUUUGUCGUGGCGAGCCGUGGGUGGUCCCAGGCUGUGCAGUUCGGCAACUUCGAACUGUACCGACGCCGCUUUGAGGCCACGCGCGCCUUUUUCGAGCCACGUCUUGCGGAAGCAAAUCAAGUCGGGGCAGCGAUGCUGAAAUUGCUCUCGAAGUCCUCGUAG